UUUUCUAUCUCUGUUGUUGCCCUACGCAACAACAUGGUGCCUCCUAUUCUCAAGAAUGAGAUAGCGACAAUGGAAAAACUUUAUUAUUAUUUUUUUAGGUGAUGUAUAAUAUAUUACGGUUGCGGCGACUAUUUUAAGCAGAUAUUUCACAGACAAGAAAAAGGCUGAACGUUUGUUUAGAAGCCAUGAAUUUUUGAAAGGAUGAUUAGUCAGCUAGCUAGUUCAUUGCUUGUAAACAAAAAGACUGAUUCUACAUGUAGAGGUUUGUGAAAAUGUUGAGCUUUCUUACAGCCAGACAAACAGGUGUGGACGAUCCUGUGCGCUUGAGACGAGCAGAAUCAACAAGAAGGGUUCUGAAUUUGGAGUUAAAUCACGAUAGAGAUGUGGAACGAAUUCAUGGGAAUGGAGUGAACUGUGUUGACAUUGAAAUAAUUGAAGGGAGAUAUAUGUUAUCAGGUGGUUCUGAUGGUGUAAUUGUGAUCUAUGACCUUGAAAACAGCAGCAAGAAGUCACAUUACACUUGUAAAGCAGUUUGCACAGUGGGCAGGUCAAAUCGCCAUGUUCACAAGUUCAGCGUGGAGACAGUUCAGUGGUAUCCGUAUGACACUGGCAUGUUUGUAUCAAGCUCAUUCGACAAAAGCAUGAAAGUCUGGGACACAGAAACCCUCAAGCCAGCUGAUGUGUUCCAGUUUGAUGGGAAUGUCUACUGCCACCACAUGUCUCCUAUUGGCAGGAAGCACAGUCUCAUAGCAGUUGGUACCAAAGACCCAAAAGUUCAGCUGUGUGAUCUGAAGUCUGGUUCUCGGAUCCACAUUCUGCAGGGUCACAGAGGAGAGAUUCUGUCAGUCCGAUGGUCCCCACGCUACGAGCACAUCCUGGCCACUGCUAGUGCUGAUGGCAGGGUGCGUAUGUGGGAUGUGCGGCGAGCUGCUGGAAGCCUCUUUACCUUAGAUCAGUACAAUGGGGACAAGUCUAAAGCGUCUUCAGAGGCAGUGAACACAGCUCAUAAUGGACGUGUGAACGGCUUGUGCUUCACUGACGAUGGCCUUUACCUCCUGACCACUGGUACAGAUGACCGUAUGCGCCUUUGGAACAGUGCCACAGGCCACAACACACUGGUUAACUAUGGGAAGGUGGUUAAUGAGAGUCGUAAAGGUGUGAAAUUCACUGUUUCCAGAAGCUGCAGCCCAGAGUUUGUGUUUGUGCCAUGUGGCAGCUCGGUUGCGGUGUACAGCCUUUACACAGGAAAACUUGUCACUACAUUAAGGGGGCAUUACAAUAACGUAGACUGCUGUGAGUUCCAUCCAGAUUAUCAGGAGCUCUACAGUGGUGGGAAGGACUGUAAUAUCUUGGCGUGGGUUCCUGUUCUGCGACAACCUGAUGUUGAAGAUGAGGAAAAAAAGGGUGGAGGCCAAGCUGCAGUUAAUCCUGCUUUUGAAGAUGCCUGGAGCAGUGAUGAAGACUGAUUGAGCCAAUUAUACUUUAAUGAUCGUGAACCUUCAUAUAUAAACAUGUCUCAGAGGUCUUGUUACUUUAUCAGAUCAACAGUCUGUGUCUGUAGUGCCAACUGUCACUUACAACUUCCAGACCUCUGCACUUUGACACUUUGGAUUUAACUUGAAAAUGACAAACCUGGAUUUACAAGUGUACAUGGGACAGUUUUUAGAAUCCAUUUCCCAGCCACUUCUGAAGGAGCAUCCACAGAAUUGUGACCAAUCCUGCCAAAUUUUGAGUUUACAGAAAAUUCACAACAUUCUCACUCUCUUCGGUGUAAUCUCUGACCAAGCCUGCCCAAAUGCCACUUAUUCCUGCAUAAAGUCUAAAUUCACCUGUUUCCUCAGGCACUCUUGACUAAUCACACCCAUUCCUGCAGAAAGUUUUACCAAUUCCACCAAUUCCACUCACUUCCUGUGUUUUUUUAAAUCUCUCCUAACUCCUGCAGGACCUGACUAAUCCUGCCCGCUUUUGUAUAAACUCUUGACUAAUCCCACUUGCUACCACUAAACACUUGAUCAAUUCUGUCCAUUACUGGAAAAAUCCCAAUAGUUCAAAGUUGAUAAUCCCACUUCAGAGCUUCUAACUAUCGUAUCUGCUCAAUCCUCCAUUUUUUUAUUAGCUCCAUUAGAAUAGCAUUCUAGAUUCAUAAGCCCACCACAAUUUAAUACUUGCUAUUUAGUUAUUCCAACAGUAUUGUCAGCCCAUAUGGUCAAAUAGUCCAAAUUUCAACCCAUUGCCUUCAUUUUCAUGGUGCGGCCUGAUCUAUAAUAACAAGCUACUGGCAAUGUUCAAUAACAAGUCUUUGAACAACACGUUGACUGCAAGUUUAAUCAUUUAAAUAAAAAUUAAAAAAAAAUGUUAUAUGUUUUAUAUUUAUUUCAUGUACAUGAAUUUUUAUUUGCCAAAAAAAGGAAAUAUUUUUAAUUCUAGAGAAGAAAAUGGUUGCUGUCGGUGCUAUGUUCUUAUUUAGUAUUAUCUGUAUGCCUUAAUGAUGCUUAUUCAGUGCCCAGUGUUAGCAGUGUUUAUGCUGUCACUGUUCUAAGUGAGUUUAAGUAAGUUAAUUGUAAUUGUAAUUUUACGUACAAUUAUAUGCAAUUCUGAAGCCUAUCAUGAGAUAAAUAAAGUUGUGAG